UCGGGUUAGAUAAAAUACAAUAUAUAUACGUUCGACGUCAAUUUGACAUGACCCGUAUCGGGCGCUGAAGGGAGAGAAAGGGGGAGGGGGAGCUGACAGCAAACCAGCAGAGGGGCGUAUUAAAAAUCACUGGCAGCGCGCUGCGACAGAAAACAGCCUGUAUAGCAUGCCCAUAGGAGUGUGGAUUGACUGCGGUUUGGUUUACACCAUUUGGACACGGUGAGGAACGGGACGCACUUGGAGCUUGGAUUGGAUAGCUGCUGGUUUUAUGCUGCGCAGAACUCAGCCCAGAAUUACCACCACCACGCCUAUAUUCGCCACUAAUGGACGGAUAAUGUUCGUGGUUGAAAAGGACAACUAUUCAAACUAGAAAUUAUUAUUUUGGGGGGGAUCCACUUCUUGGCGAUUGGAUGGUGUGCGAAAGGUAGCCACACCAGCAAGUUCACUCUCUACGCAAAUUCAAAAUGACACUUUUUGGAUAGAGGAUAGCCUAUGUAAUGCAUAAGGGAUCAUUUGUGUCCAAAGCAUCAAAACCAAGGAGUGCUGCAUACCACAGAUGAGAGAGAAGGGGAACGAGGUUUGAUUCUGAAGCUGAGCCAAAGUAUUCGUGUAAACAGUGGAGAAUGCAGUGGGGGGAAACACGGGCCUGGAACUGGGCUGCACGUUUCUUGAUCGUGGAGAGGACUGCACCUGGAGUGCAACAAGCAAUAGCCUACAUUUCUAUAACAUGCUAAAUUUUGCGCAAGAAAAUUGUCCCGCUGUUAUUUAAAUACUUUUCUCAUGGGUAGUGUUAUUCAGUCGCCCUGGCAGCAUUUGGAUAAUUAACUUUGGAGAUCCAUGCCAACAUAGAAGCAGCAUAGUUCAAGGGGAUACCCCAGGGAACCUUGCUGAAUGGACCUUUAACUUUGGUUUAACGUUAUCCUUUUUACACAGCGAAUCCGGACUCACUUUUUGGCACAUUUGAAGAACGCUCUCCACCGAGGCUGGUCUGAUGUAAUUAAAAGUAAACUAAAUCAACCUAACCUGAUCCCAAACACAAACUUUAGACAGAUUUUAUUUUAUUACGUCCUACCCCCCUUUCCCAUUAAAAGUGUACUUCUGAACCUCGAAGUGGCUCCGAAGUGGUGUUGUGACUCCUCGCCCGCAGCGGAUCCGGAGCUUGGAGUGUCUGGAGCGGGAGGAGUUGGCGGCGGACCCCCUGUCACACCGCAGGGACCCAAGACGGGUCGGGUGAAAAAGAUGGUUCGAUUUGCGGCAGAACUGUUGUUGCUUUUAGGACUUCUACUUCUUACCUUACAUAUUACGGUGUUAAGGAGCAGCCCGCUGAAUCAAGGGAAUUUAACUUUGAGCCAGGAUCAGCAGUAUACAGUGAUUGCAGAGAAUGUCAGAACAGAGAGCAGUUUGUUAGCCCAGCAGGGUCCAGGGAAGCGGAGAGGAUCAGAGCCCCAGUCAGCCCAGAGGCCUGCUGUCCUCCCCUGGGCUCCGAGUCAGGCUACCGGAGGCAGCCUGCAGAGAGACAGGCCUGGGGCCUUCCUCCUGGACUUCAGCAACUUCCCUGACCUCUCCAAGGCUGAUAUAAACAGACAGAACCCCAACAUACAGGUGACCAUAGAGGUGGUGGACGAUCUAGACGGGGCGGAGCAUGAGAAAGGCCUGAAGAAGGAGAACAAACCAGGUUUGGCCGCUCCCAACUGGAGAAACUGGUGGCAAACCACCUCCUCUUCAUCCUCCUCCUCUUCUUCUUCAGUCUUGACCCCACGUCAACCCAAGGAGCAGGCUAGGGAGCAGCAGCCCACCUACAGAGGAGGAGUAGCAAGUGGCAGUAACACAGAGGAUAGUAACUUCCUAAAACCACUAGGGGGCUGGGAGAGGAGAGGAGGCGCAGGAGGAGGACGUGCCAGCAAGGUUCAGGCUGAAUAUGACUAUAUAGAUGGAGACGGUGGCUGGAGUAACUGGUCUCCAUGCAGUGUAACCUGUGGGAACGGGAACCAGAAGAGGAUCAGGUCAUGUGGUUACGCCUGUAGCGCCACAGAGUCACGCACCUGUGACAUGUCACCCUGCCCAGGUAUUGAAGAUGCGUUCAAGACAGCCGCCACUGAGGUCAGUCUACUGGCUGGAACAGAUGAGUUCAACGCUACAGAGCUCUUUGGUGUCGACACAGACAGCUGUGAACGCUGGAUGAACUGUAAGUCUGAGUUCCUGAAGAAAUACAUGACCAAGGUCUCCAACGACCUCCCCAGCUGCCCCUGCUCCUACCCCACCGAGGUGGCCUACAGCACGGCCGACGUCCCCGACCCCGCCACACUCCGGGACUUCCGCUGGAAAGACGCCAGCGGCCCCAAGGAGAAACUAGAGAUCUACAAACCCACGGCCCGGUGCUGCAUCCGCUCCAUGUUAACUCUAGAGUCCACUACUCUGGCUGCACAGCACUGCUGCUACAAUGACAACAUGAAGCUCAUCACCCGGGGUAAAGGAGCAGGAACACCCAACCUCAUCAGCAACGAGUUCUCUGCUGACCUCCACUACAAGGUAGACGUCCUGCCCUGGAUCAUCUGUAAGGGGGACUGGAGUCGCUAUAACCAGGUCAGGCCUCCUAACAACGGGCAGAAGUGCCCAGACAACCCCCUGGAUGAGAAUUACCUCAAACAAGUUGAGGAGGCAUGGGAGUUUUAGAACUGGAGAGAUGAACAUAUUAAGGGAAAAAACAUAUGAAAUAUUUGUAUGAAACUUGUACCUCAAUUGCUGCUUCAAACCAUCCAAGGCUAGAGUCCAAAUGAACAGGACUGUUUGUUGAUAUCAGCCAACGUGAUAAAAGAGACAACGUAUUGCUCACAUGGACACAUCAUUGUCCUCAACAGAGACUAUGGACUCUAUUUUAAUAAAACCUAACUCAAUGGUAAAUCUAACCACUGGCACUAGGGCUACAGGUUCGGGGGCGUGUCAGAAAUAUUUUUGGCUAUUUUCAUAACCAGAAUUAUUGUCUCAGUAACAGGCGGUGGUGCAUAAGGGCUGGGUUUUGAUAGCAGGCGGUGGUGCAUAAGGGCUGGGUUUUGAUAGCAGGCGGUGGUGCAUAAGGGCUGGGUUUUGAUGGCAGGCGGUGGUGCAUAAGGGCUGGGUUUUGAUAGCAGGCGGUGGUGCAUAAGGGCUGGGUAUUGAUAGCAGGAGGUGGUGCAUAAGGGAUGGGUAUUGAUAGCAGGAGGUGGUGCAUAAGGGCUGGGUAUUGAUAGCAGGCGGUGGUGCAUAAGGGCUGGGUUUUGAUAGCAGGCGGUGGUGCAUAAGGGCUGGGUUUUGAUAGCAGGCGGUGGUGCAUAAGGGCUGGGUUUUGAUAGCAGGCGGUGGUGCAUAAGGGCUGGGUUUUGAUAGCAGGCGGUGGUGCAUAAGGCCUGGGUUUUGAUGGCAGGCGGUGGUGCAUAAGGCCUGGGUUUUGAUGGCAGGCGGUGGUGCAUAAGGCCUGGGUUUUGAUGGCAGGCGGUGGUGCAUAAGGCCUGGGUUUUGAUGGCAGGCGGUGGUGCAUAAGGCCUGGGUUUUGAUGGCAGGCGGUGGUGCAUAAGGGCUGGGUUUUGAUAGCAGGCGGUGGUGCAUAAGGCCUGGGUUUUGACGGCAGGCGGUGGUGCAUAAGGGCUGGGUUUUGAUAGCAGGCGGUGGUGCAUAAGGGCUGGGUUUUGAUGAAUAAACAAGUUGAUGCUACAGAAUGUCGAAGGCUUGUUGACCCCUCACUGGCCAAUCAGAAUGGGCUCCAUGGCUAAAUGAUGUGGUUUCUUCAAGCUGUGUAUUUAUGGUAUUUUAUGUAUUGUGUUGUCAUCAACUCCUAUGUUAGUCCGUAAUAGUUUGUUAAAGAGCCUACAGAAACAAAAUAACAACAUGUAGACCUAUCCUAUAUUUACUAAACAUAGUACAUUUGUAGUACAUGUUUUUGAACAGUAAUUGCUACAAUAUGCAAAUAUAUUGUUAACAUAGCAUUCACACUGAUAUACAGAGAAUGUAUGUGAACCCUUUGAAUGACCUGGAUUUCUGCAUAAAUUGGUCAUAAAUUGGAUCUUCAUCUAGGUCACAACAAGACAAACACAGUCUGCUUAAACUAAUAACACACAAACAAUUCUACGUUUUCAUUUUAUUAAUCACACCGUGUAAACAUCCACAGUGGAGGGUGGGAAAAACGUAUGAGACCCUUUGUAUUUCAUAACUGGUUGACCCUCCUUCGGCAGCAAUAACCUCAACCAAACAUUUUCUGUAGUUGCGGAUCAGACCAAAACGGUCAGGAGGAAUUUUGGACCAUUCCUCUUUACUCUUAACAACCUCAUUACCAUCAGCCAAACACAGUAUCAUAACACAGUCUCCUUACCAUCAGCCAAACACAGUAUCAUCCCAACGCAGCCUCCUUACCAUCAGCCAAACACAGUAUCAUAACACAGCCUCCUUACCAUCAGCCAAACACAGUAUCAUCACAACACAGCCUCCUUACCAUCAGCCAAACACAGUAUCAUAACACAGCCUCCUUACCAUCAGCCAAACACAGUAUCAUCACAACACGGCCUCCUUACCAUCAGCCAAACACAGUAUCAUAACACAGCCUCCUUACCAUCAGCCAAACACAGUAUCAUAACACAGCCUCCUUACCAUCAGCCAAACACAGUCUCCUUACCAUCAGCCAAACACAGUCUCCUUACAUCAGCCAAACACAGUCUCCUUACCAUCAGCCAAACACAGUAUAAUAACAGUCUCUUUACCAUCAGCCAAACACAGUAUCAUCACAACACAGCCUCCUUACCAUCAGCCAAACACAGUAUCAUAACACAGUCUCCUUACCAUCAGCCAAACACAGUUUCAUCACAACACAGCCUCAUUACCAUCAGCCAAACACAGUAUCAUAACAGUCUCCUUACCAUCAGCCAAACACAGUAUCAUAACAGUCUCCUUACCAUCAGCCAAACACAGUAUCAUAAGUCUCCUUACCAUCAGCCAAGCACAGAGCCUUCAUUUGUAUGAUAUAUGCCUCUGUAAUGAUCAAUGUAAUGAUUAAAAGUAAAACUGUAUAAUGCAUUUUUGCCAAUAUUCUGUCUGAUAAUUCUUUAAGUUUCGGGGUUAAAAAGGACAGCUUGAUGUAGAUUCAGAAAAAAAUGGUUUUAUGUUAUUUUAAUUUGUUUCUGAUUGAGAACUUGUGUAUCUCCAUUGCCCAAUUGGACACUAUGUUUUGAGUGACACCCACCCUGACCCAUCAGAAGCUAUAGAGAGACACCCCUGACCUAUCAGAAUCGGAAAGGGUCUCUGUGCUGUGGAUAACACAGUUAUCCCAUUGGAGCUGAGUGCAUAGGGGAGGAGCAACAUCAGAACCCAGAACCAAAUCUUGUGUGUUAGCUAUGACAUGCAUGUUAAGUCUGUCAAGAGUGAAUUAUCAUGACCACGGCUCCCAUCCAGAACCUGUGGCGGAAUGGGUCACCAUUCUGCUAGUUUCCCACUGCCAGACAUAACACACAGACUGGCUGUGGUCAGGGCUAGCUUUCUACCAUCCUCUCCUAAAGGUGACUUGGGCAGAUAUAUGAUAUUCCGGUUCCCAUAUGUGAUUAUACACUUGUUUAUUUAGAAUGCACUUGUUUAUUUUUGUUGUUGUUGACGAACCCGAUCUGCCCUCCACUCUGCCCUCCACUCUGCCCUAUGGAUCUG